AUGGCAACCAAGACCGACCCCACCACCACCCGAACUGUCCUUGAACCAUUGCUCACCUUCGAUCUUACUAUUCACUCUCACGCUUCAAUAAAAUCAGUUGCAAUUUCACCAAUCUCAACAAAUUCUCAAUAUUUCAUUUACCUAGGUACUUCAUCUGGUUCCCUUCUCUUGCUCUCCACAAACCCAGAAAACCCGAAUGACAAAACCCCCACCAAAGACCCGAAAUCGACACUGGAUUUUGAUGUUUCGUUUCGAAACGUUUCGUUGAUAAAAUCCGUUUCCGUUGCUGAUUUGGGGGUAGAAACGGUCCUCGUGCUUGAUGAUAUUGGGAAGGUUAUUGUUCUCUGUGAUGGGUUUUUGUUUAUGACGGAUUCGGGUUUGGUGCAACCCGUUAAGAAACUGGGGUUUUUGAAAGGGGUUUCUUUUAUCUCUAAGAGAAUCAAGAGUAGCGAAUUGGAGUGUAGUGAUUUAUUCAGUGUUAGUAGUUUGGAGGGUUCAACUGCAAGUUCUCGAAUUUUGAGCAGAUUAGGAGGCGGGAUUAGAGCUAAUGGGGUUAAAAGUAAAGAUUUUGUGCAAAAAAGUGAGGGUGAUUAUGUUUUUGCUGUCGUGGUUGGUAAAAAGUUGAUGUUAAUAGAGCUUAGAGUCGGUAAGAAUGAUAAGGAAGUUGAUUUGAUGGUUUUGAAAGAAAUGCAGUGUGUUGAUGGGGUCAAGACAAUAGUUUGGAUCAAUGAUUCGAUAAUUGUUGGCACGGUUAAUGGGUAUAGUUUGUUUUCGUGCGUUACUGGCCUAAGUGGGGUGAUUUUUACAUUGCCUGAUGGUUCUAGUUUGCCAUUGCUUAAGUUGCUGUGGAAAGAAAAGAAGGUGUUGUUGUUGGUGGAUAAUGUUGGGAUUGUUGUUGAUGCACAUGGGCAGCCAGUUGGAGGGAGUUUGGUGUUUCGUAAGGGCCCAGAUUCUGUUGGGGAGUUGGCUUCUUAUGUAGUGGUAGUGAGGGACGGGAAGAUGGAGUUGUAUCAUAAGAAAUCGGGUAGCUGUGUACAGACUGUUAGUUUUGGCAGUGAAGGAGUUGGGCCAUGUAUUGUUGCGGAUGAGGAAAGUGGGAAUGGGAAACUUGUUGCUGUUGUGACGCCCACCAAGGUUAUUUGCUACUGUAGAGUACCUACUGAAGAACAAAUCAAAGAUCUAUUGAGAAAGAAAAACUUUAAGGAAGCCAUCUCCUUGGUGGAGGAGCUUAAGAGCGAUGGUGAAAUGUCUAAUGAAAUGCUAUCCUUUGUUCAUGCCCAAGUGGGGUUCCUGCUGCUCUUUGACUUGCAUUUUGAGGAAGCUGUUAACCACUUUCUGCAGUCAGAGACAAUGCAACCUUCCGAAGUGUUUCCAUUUAUCAUGCGAGACCCAAAUCGCUGGUCGCUGCUGGAACCGAUAUUGGGGUUUGCAUCCUCCCCUGUUCCUCUUGAAGAUGUUGUUGAUGAUGGGUUGAUGGCCAUCCAAAGAGCAAUUUUCCUUAAAAAGGCAGGUGUAGAUACUACAGUCAAUGAAGAUUUUCUGUUGAAUCCUCCAACUAGAGCUGAUUUACUUGAGUUGGCAAUAAAAAAUAUGAGCAGAUAUCUUGAGGUUUCUCGUGAAAAAAUAUUGACUUCUUCAGUGAGAGAGGGAGUUGACACACUUCUAAUGUACCUCUAUAGAGCCCUAAACCGCGUUGAUGAUAUGGAAAAGCUUGCAUCUUCUGGAAACAGCUGCAUUGUGGAGGAGUUAGAAACUUUGUUAGAUGAAUCUGGGCAUUUACGGACGCUCGCCUUCUUAUUUGCAAGUAAAGGGAUGAGCUCAAAGGCUCUUGCCAUAUGGCGCAUUUUGGCAAGAAAUUAUUCUUCUGGUCUGUGGAAAGAUCCUGCUAAGCAUGAAUUACCGGAAGGCAAUACAAAUGUUAUCUCUGGCAGAGAGAUUGCUGCGAUUGAGGCAGCAAAAAUUCUCGAGGCGCUAUCUGAUCAGGAUUUGGUUUUGCAACAUCUUGGAUGGAUUGCCGAUGUUAACCCGGUACUCGCAGUUCAAGUUUUGACAUCGGAGAAAAGAGUAGAUCAGCUUUCACCGGAUGAAGUAAUUGCUGCCAUUGAUCCAAAAAAGGUUGAAAUUCUCCAAAGGUAUCUCCAGUGGUUGAUUGAAGAUCAAGACUCUUGUGACACACAGUUCCAUACCCUAUAUGCACUUUCACUUGCAAAGUCAGCAAUUGAAACUUUUGAGGUGGAAAGUACCUCCCAGGACCCUGAUGGUGGAAGGCUGGAGGAAACAGGAAUUUCUGAUUUUGGCAGAAGCUCAAUCUUUCAAAGUCCUGUACGAGAAAGGUUGCAGAUUUUUUUACAGUCAUCAGACUUGUAUGAUCCGGAAGAGGUUCUUGAGUUGAUUGAGGGAUCAGAGCUAUGGCUGGAAAAGCUGGAGGAUAGUGAAGCUGCUGAACUAUAUUGUGCAGAGAUUGGCAGACCAGAUGCCUAUAUGCAGUUGCUUGAUAUGUAUUUGGAUCCACAAAAUGGUAAAGAGCCCAUGUUUAAUGCUGCCGUUAGACUUCUGCAUAAUCAUGGGGAAUCACUGGAUCCGUUGCAAGUUCUAGAGACAUUGUCUCCAGAUAUGCCCCUCCAACUUGCCUCAGAUACGAUACUAAGAAUGUUGAGGGCUCGGCUUCAUCAUCAUCGCCAAGGACAAAUUGUGCAUAAUCUGUCCCGUGCUCUUGAUGUUGAUGCAAAACUUGCAAGAUUGGAGGAAAGAUCGAGGCAUGUACAGAUAAAUGAUGAGAGCCUUUGUGAUUUGUGUCAUGCCCGGCUAGGGACCAAACUGUUUGCAAUGUACCCAGAUGACACUGUUGUCUGUUACAAGUGUUUCCGUCGUCUGGGAGAGUCCACUUCUGUCACAGGUCGCGACUUCAAGCGAGAUCCACUGUUCAAGCCAGGUUGGCUCGUUACCCGCGAAUCUAGAAAUAGGGCUCUAUAUAGGACUCCUGAUAGUUAUACAAGCUUGGUAGCUUCCAAAUUUCAGAAAAUGAGUGGUUUGCUUUGA